GGAGUGGAGAGACGCACACAGCGGAGUCCGCUCCAUCUCUCUCCGCAGCUAGCUCGCCCCGCAGCAAGGCCACUGCGGGAAGAUGGCGACGGAAAAACCGAAGCAUGAAGGAAGAGUUAAGAUCGGACAUUACAUCCUGGGAGACACGCUCGGAGUGGGAACGUUCGGGAAGGUUAAAGUGGGCCAACAUGAGCUUACCAAGCACCAAGUGGCGGUGAAGAUCCUAAACAGGCAGAAGAUCCGCAGCUUGGACGUGGUGGGAAAGAUUCGCCGGGAGAUCCAAAACCUGAAGCUUUUCAGGCACCCUCACAUAAUUAAACUGUAUCAGGUUAUUAGCACCCCGACUGACAUCUUCAUGGUGAUGGAGUAUGUCUCAGGCGGAGAGCUCUUUGACUACAUCUGCAAAAAUGGAAAGCUGGAUGAAAAGGAGAGCCGGCGACUGUUCCAGCAGAUUAUUUCAGCUGUAGACUACUGCCACAGGCACAUGGUGGUGCACCGAGACCUCAAGCCAGAAAAUGUGCUGCUUGAUGCACACAUGAAUGCCAAGAUUGCAGACUUCGGUUUGUCAAACAUGAUGUCAGACGGAGAGUUCCUGAGAACAAGUUGUGGUUCUCCAAACUAUGCUGCUCCUGAGGUCAUUUCAGGAAGGUUAUACGCUGGCCCAGAGGUGGACAUCUGGAGCAGCGGGGUCAUCCUCUAUGCCUUGCUGUGCGGAACGCUCCCCUUCGAUGACGACCACGUGCCAACGCUCUUCAAGAAGAUCUGCGACGGGAUAUUUUUCACCCCUCAGUAUCUGAACCCUUCUGUAAUAAGCCUCCUCAAACACAUGCUGCAGGUGGACCCCAUGAAAAGAGCCACGAUCAAAGAGAUCCGAGAGGACGAGUGGUUCAAGCAGGACCUCCCCAAGUACCUGUUCCCCGAGGACCCGUCGUACAGCAACAACAUGAUCGACGACGAGGCCCUGAAGGAGGUGUGCGACAAGUUCGAGUGCACGGAGGAGGAGGUCCUGGCCUGCAUAUACAGCCGCAAUCAUCAGGACCCGCUGGCCGUGGCCUACCACCUCAUCAUUGACAAUCGCCGCAUCAUGAGCGAAGCCAAGGACUUCUACCUGGCGUCCAGCCCGCCCGACUCCUUCCUGGACGACCAGCACCUGACCUCGUCCGGCGGCGCCGUGGCCAUCAAGCCUCACCCCGAGCGGGUGCCCUUCCUCGUGGCCGAGACGCCCCCCAGGCCCCGCCACACGCUGGACGAACUCAACCCCCAGAAGUCCAAGCACCAGGGCGUGAGACGCGCCAAGUGGCACCUGGGCAUCCGCAGCCAGAGUCGACCCAACGACAUCAUGUCGGAAGUGUGUCGCGCCAUGAAGCAGCUGGAUUACGAGUGGAAGGUGGUCAAUCCGUAUUAUCUUCGCGUGAGAAGGAAGAAUCCGAUCACCGGGAUGCAAACCAAGAUGAGCCUUCAACUCUACCAAGUGGACAGUAGAACCUACCUCCUCGACUUCCGUAGCAUAGACGAUGACAUGAUGGAGGCUAAGUCUGGAACGGCGACCCCGCUCCGCUCCGGGUCCGUGGGCAACUACCGCACCACUAUUAAGAACGAUGUAGACGGGGCGGACAUUCCAGCCACUUCCAGCACUGUGCACCCUGCCAAGGCGGCAGAGGGCUCCUUAGCUUCGUCGUUGACCUCAUCCAUCGACUCGACGGGCGGGGCGGACAUCGCGUGCGUCCCCCGGCCGGGAAGCCACACCAUCGAAUUCUUUGAGAUGUGUGCGAAUCUUAUUAAGCUACUUGCACGAUAGCUCGCAAAACAAUCGCUAGCCUUUAUUUCCUCUCCGAGUGUCUUUAUAGCAAUAAGCAUGCAACCGAUUCAUGGCUCAGUUCGUCCCGGCUGAGGAUGAAGUGAUUGUUCCAUGGCACUGAUGCAGGUUGGCGUUUCCCCGAGAGCUGAGUGGCGACGUAAAGGGAGGGGGAGGGGCCAUAACUGGGGAAAGAUGAAUGACAAGCGACUUAAUCAGCAAGGACAGAACUGCAUCUAGGAGGGGGUUUUUACAGUUUCCUGAUCAAUCUAAUAACAAAUGUCCACGUCCCACGUAUACACACACACACACACACACACACACACACACACGCGCGCAAGUGAUUACACUGAACCUGCUGUACUGUAGCCAGUGAGCACUGCUUUUCCAGUACAGAGAACAAGACCACGUUUCUGCCUGCAGAGAAGGAAGCCGCGCGUCGGGAGCUCAGGAGACACACCUGGGUGGCAGUUGUAGGACGCAGGAGGCACUUUUGCACAAGUUUCUUUCAUUUCCUGCUGCUCUUGUUUAUUCUCUCAGUGGGGAUCGGAGAGGCGGCGCAGACGUAUCGGGGCCACAACUUGGCGUCGGUCGCUCCCGUCACAUUCACGGGACUGAGGAAGGAAGUGCGGUGGCCCCGCUAUCUCUGUCGCCCGUCAGGGACAAAAGAAUGCGUCAUCACAUUUAUGGUUUUAUUUCUUCUUUCUUUUUUUUUAAUUUGUCAAGAAAAACAAACAAAAAAAAAUCAUGGUUUUGUCCUUGUUGUAAAAAUUGUUUGAAUUUGUCUGUCCCCUGCAUUUUUAUAUAUAAAGACAUGAAUAUAUUUAUCAGUGCGUUCAGUGGAUGGAGUGUUGGUUCUAAUGGAAAUUGAAUUUUUCUGUCUUGCAUUGAGAUCUAUUGCUGGAUGGUUAUGUAUUUUUCUUUCUUUCUUUUUUUAACUGUCUGGUUUUUCAACCAAUAUCACACUUUUGUUUCCUUCAAUCACAAUUCUUCUGAUACUUGAUUGUUUUUUUUCCCCCCAGAUAACUAUAGACUGAUUUUACCGUUUAAUUUCUUUGCCAUGAAAGUCAAAACCUAGAAAUAUAUCAUUUUCAGUGUCACAUAUUAAAAUGACAAGUUGAUUUUGACUUUUUUUUUUGUUAUAUUUCCUGUAUUUCUUUAAUUAGAUUUAAUUAUCUAGAGUUUGGAUAUGAUUACUUUGUGAAAUGCCUUUUGCCUACAUUCACUUCUUAAAUGCCAAUCCAUCACACGUGUACAGUCCUCUGGGCUCAGUUUGAACGUGAGUAGUAGCAAUUACAUGCAGUGCAUGGACAGAGUCUGUUGGCAGGUGAAUACAUCCCAGAGAUUGUCAAUUUUUUGACAUGUUUAUGUUUUGAAUGGCCACACAUUCCCCCGAGUUUUUGACCUUAAAGUGAAGGUUUACCUGUGAUUAAAGGCGGUACAGACGGAUGUGCUGAGACCUCUGGUAGAACAGUAGAAAACCACACACGAGCAUUAAGUGUGUGGCAGAUUUAUAUUUUAUAACCAACUGUUACAUUACACUUGCAAGCCCAGUAAGUCUUAUAUAUGUCUUAUUUGUAAGUAUAAUGCAUCUCACUCCGUUUUCUGUCUACGGUCUUAAAACCUUUGAGUGGUGUCUGUCUGGCUGCCUUAUCAUUAUCAGUACUGUUUGUUUUUUUUUGUUUUUUAUGUUAGUAAAAGUGGAAAUUUUAAAAGGUUCAUAAUUUUCUUUUGCACUUUUUUUUUGCAGUUAUAAAGGUGUAAAUCCUCAAAGUUUUAGCGUCAGUGUUAAGUUACAUUAAUAUUCCAGUCACUGGGGAUUGCAGAAAAGAAUAUGAAUAUUCCUAAUUGUGGAAGUAAAUAUGUGCUUAUGUUUUCAAACCACUGUUGAAACCAGAUACUUGACCAUUUCCAAUAAUGGCGAUAUGAAAACCAAAGCAACACUUUGAGGUAAAUUGGGUCUCUCUUUCUCUUUAAGUCAUCUUCAUAACUUUGCAUGUUCUUACUGUAAAGGCCUUAAAGCUACAGUAUGCAAUAUUAGUGAAAAUAAUCAUGUGGAUAAAUCUAACCAGCUAGCAUCAAAGCAGUCAGUGUUGUAAUACCACUUUGUACCACAAGGAAGUUUAACCAACAGUGGCUCACCACUGCCACCCAGUGCAUCAAAGUGGCAUUACUCCAAUCUCACAUACUGUACCUUGAAAGUUUUGAUUUUUUUUUUUCUUUGCUAAAAGGUGUCUAUAGCCGAAGCCUGGAUUUCCAGUGUUGAGCUCUCCACAGCUUUAAAAAUAUGAACUGUCUUGUUUAAAUUUACAUUUCAUCGGUAUAUUUCAGCAAAAGUUAAGAGUGACGACACAUUCGAUCAUCUUGUUUAUCUCUGGACUGAAAUAUUUUGUUGAUAAUUGACCUUUAUGUCUCAAUUUCACUAGAAUGAUAUAUGUUCAUGGUUUGACGCACACUAUGGUCCUGGAAAAAAAAAAAAAGAAAAAAACAUUAUAAAACUAAACAUAUAGUUUUAAAAAGGCAGUU